AAAGAUUUAAAAAAAAGGGUAUCAACUUCAACCAUAAAAAGACAAAAGUCCACGCUUUUAAGUUUUACCAGAGUUAAAAAAGAACAACUCUCAUUUACUAUUACAAUAAUCCUGUUUAAAAAAACAAGCAACAAAAACUUCUAUUGAUGGAGAAAGGGAAAAUAGAAAAUAAACAAAGCUGUAUGCCUGUGUGUAGUUGGAGAAAGGGAAAAUCCUGGCUUGCAUGAAUACAUAAAUAAUAGUAGUAAUACUCAAUCCCAACCAAAAACUAAAGGGAUGGCAGAGAGAUACGGCGAACUCAACCCCAAAAUCUGGUAAGGAAGCUGGUGCUACCGCCGCCCUUUUUGUCUUUCCUAAUCCUACUAUCAAGUGAAGGGAACUGAAUGAAAUCAUAUGCCAGAUCCAACAAAAUUGGGUUGCAGGGCACUGCCUGGAAGGCAGGUGGAAAGACUUCAAUGCGAGCAGGGGCUGCUUUCCUGUUGUUGGAAUACUCGCCAACCGCAGAUUCAUAACAGUGCAAUUUCUCCAUCAGAAAUUUCUCCAGCUGAAAUGGGGUUUCAAGUGAAAGUGCAAGUAAGCUUCACCUUUGACUCUCUUCGGCCACAAUUAAUGGCGUUGGAGCAACGGGUUCUCUAUCUUCGGUCCCAAAAUUCUCAUCCCGGUCAUCAGGCCUUUGUGGCUCAUGAGCCGCAGCAGGCAGUCCGCCCUCCAGCUCGAGGGGGUGCAGCUCGCGGCAAUGGCAGGGGUUUCCGUGGUGGAGGUCGCGCGAGGGGUCAUCGUGGCCGCGGCAGAGGCUACGCCGGACAGCCUGGUUAUGUUUACGGGGGACAGCAGCCUGCCUACGGUCCGUCAGCACCUGGUGGACACCCUCCACUAGCUCCAGUACCUGGUCCGCAUGGAUGGCAGCAGAUGGCUCAGGCACGGGGUCCUCCACAGACUGGGUAUCAAGGAUACCCCUCUGUUGAGCAUAAUUAUCAAUCCCCUGCACCGCCUGUUGUGUGUCAGCUUUGUUAUUCUCCAGGUCACUCCGCCAUAAAUUGUCCUCGGUUCACAAAUUCUACACCAGCUUUGGCGGCUAUCCCUACGGGCGAAACAAAUGCGUCCGUGUGGUACCCGGAUUCGGGUGCUUCAGCUCACAUGACUCCAAACGAAGGACAAUCACACGGGAGCCAUACUCCUCCAGGCCUCCAAUAAGGACUCUGUUUACCCCUUUAGUGCAACCCAGCUGACUACUCCGUCUCUUGCAUUACAAACCAAGCUUGUUCCUGGUCCAGUCUGGCACAAGCGUCUUGGUCACUGUGGGGAUCGUGUUAUAUCUGUUCUUAGGAAAAAUAAAUUUAUUACUAGCUCUAGUACUUUUUCUCAUGAUUGUAUUUCCUGUAAACUGGGCAAGUCCCACCGCCUUCCUUUUUCUGAUGUUACUCGUACUGUUACG